GUAUAUUUGGUGUUUUCGGGUCGAAGAAAAACGCCUCAAGUGGCUCAUUGGCGCGAAAAGUGGAGGUGUGGGUGAUAUUUUUUGGGGUGGCAGAGAGUGAAAAGGUCACCCACAGACACACAAAGUCACACCCCCUUGAGGGAAUUUUAGCACCCGAUCCAAACACAUGAAAUGCAGUCUCAGGUGGGACUUUCACCUGAACACACUGAGAGUACUGAGCAGGAUACAGGGACCAUGGCAGCCAAAGGAUGGAGGAGUCGGACUCUGCAGCUGGCAAAGUCCACAAAUCGACUCAAUGCUUUCAUGAGUGAUUCUGUUGGACUUGCAGCUAGAACACGUCGGAAUCGCUUCAACAGGCGCCAGGAAUCCUUGAUGGACAUUGAAUCUGAAGAUCAGAAUCGUUUGAAGUUAUUUGUAACGCCCCAAAUUCAAAUAAAUAAGAUCUCUUUGGUGAUUGAAGAGGCAAUCGCGCGGAAAAUGAGUGAGGAUGAAGACAACAAAGAUUAUGAUCCGAUCAGGGCAAAGCUGAUGUGUCAGGCCCUGUCUAAAGACAUCCGGAAUCGCGUCAAGAUGCUCAAUCUGAGGAGAUAUAGAAUCGUUUGUCUCGUUACGAUCAUUGAGAAAUUUCUACAAUCCAUUGAUUACAAAAUGAAGCUGCUGCUUGAUCCAAAAAUGGACUAUUUUGCAAAUUUUAAAUUCGAAAAUGCCCAAUUUUAUAUUUUGGCCACGGUUUAUAUUAUCUAUAAAGAUUGAUGUGAGCAAAUAAAUUCGUGAUGUUACUGUUAAAGGUAAUUAAAUCUGAUUAUUUGGUAUGCACACACGACUG